UAAAAAAUUUGAAAUUAAUAAAAAGUAAAAAUAAAACAAAGAACGGUGGCUUUUCUUCCCGACGUACCACUCCAUGCCUUCUCUACCAAGUAAAAAAAACCCUACCACUGUUCUUCUCUCUCCCCUCUCUCUCUCUCUCUCUCUUUCUCUGUCUCUCUCUCCAUUUUCUUCAUUACCCACAUAAACCCAUCCAAAAAAAAAAAAAAAAAAAAAAAGCCAAAGCAAAAAGAACCAUGAAGAUUAAAAACAAAGGUAAAGUAUACCCAUCUCCAUCUUCUUCCAGCGACAUAGAUGUUCUUUCCGUGUUGAAGUUACUUCCAGCGGCUAUUCUUGCUUUGGUUUCGGUCCUCUCCUUCGAGGACCGUGAAGUCCUUGCUUACAUGAUUACCAGGUCCAUGAAAACAUCGGCUACUGCCGCUACCACUUCUUCAAUGGUAGUAGUUCAAGAAUCCAAGAAAAAAUCAUCAUCUUCAAAGAAAGGUUCUUCUUCUUCUUCUUCUUCUUCUUCUUCUUAUAAUAAUAAUAAUAAUAAUUUCAACAGCAAUAAUAAUACCCACAAGCCUCCCGUGUUCGAUUGCGACUGUUUCGACUGCUAUACGAGCUACUGGCUUAGAUGGAACUCGUCGGCUAAUCGGGAGCUAAUGGACCAAGCUAUAGAAGCUUUUGAGGAUCAAUUAACCAACGGCGAGAAGAACAAGAAGACCCAGAAGAGCACUGGAAGAGGCAAGCGAAGGGACAAGAUUGGUGGUCGUCGAGAUGCCACGAAAGCCGUCGCCGAUGUUAAGGUCCAACCGAGUGUCUCUAUGCCAGAGAUUGUUGAUGUUCUUCCGGCGGAGAACCACGUCGUUCCGGUGACUUCGCCGGACAAAAAUGAUGAAGGGAAGAAUGGGAAAGAGGAUGAGGAGGAGGUUUCGGAGGACGUGGGAGGAGGAGAGGUCUCUCAGGCGGAGGAGGAGGAAGAUGAGGAUAUGCCGAUGUUUGUACGGACGGCGACGGCGAAUAACCACAAGGGUUUGGCGAGAAAGGUAUUGCCGGACGUGUUGGGUUUAUUGAAUUCUCGUUUUUGGAGUCUUUGGGGUCCAAAUGUUUAGUAAAUAAUUAUUAUUAAAAAAAAAUGAGAGAUUCCUUUAAUUUUUCGAGCCCCACCCCCACUUCUGCCCAAAAAAUAGAAAAAAAAAAAAAAAAGAAAAAAGAAACGGGCAUUAUAUUUUUGAUGAUAGGCUUGUUGUUCCACUGAAAUAUAUAUUUAAGGUCCAUCUCAAUGAAACUUUCUUUUUCUUUUUUUUUUCAA